AUAAAAUGCAUACUAUUUGCUGUUUAUUUCCUUAACUGUAAUUAAUAAGUAUCACAGUUCUUUAUGAAAAAAUUAUUUACAAUUAUGUUGUUCCAAUUUCGAAGAUCAUGGUAUACCACAAUUUUACUGCCAUACGUACAGAAACAAAUUUAUGUAUUCUGCUGACUGCAUUCGUCCAUCGGCAUAUAACGAUGCCGAUUUGAACUUCAAUGCAUUUUCUAAAUCUAUGAGACAAUUUGUGUAUGAUUUUUUUUGCUUCCCCAAUUUAAAUUGAAAAUGAAAUUUUAUUGAUGCAUAUAUAGCUAUCGAUAUUUUUGUUUUGUAAAAAUUGCGCGCUCUCGCCUGAAAACGUUCCAAAUUUUGAGUAGUUUUUUUUUAUGGGUAGCCAUUUUUAAUUUGUAUUCGUUUCUAUACGUUUCUCCCAUCUUUCUUAGGUGUUUAUAGCUAUCUCUCUCUGUUAAGAUUUAAAAAAAUGGCGUCGGAUUUUGUUUCUAUCACACAAAUUGUCUAAAGCUUUUACUUUUAUUAUGUUAAUAAACUCAUCUCGUUUUAACAAUGGCGAAGGAUGUGAUUUAUUUUAUAAAUAUAUAACUUCGUUCUUAUUACACAUGUGUAAAAAUACCAACUAGAUAUCUACUUCUAAGGUUUUCGGUGUAUACUCUUUUGUAGCUGGUUAAGUUGGCUGUGAACGCAAUUGUCAAAAGCAAAAGAUGAAGAAAAAUUUCAGCAGAGCACUGCAAACGAAAUAAGCAAGCUCAAGCUGCCAUAUUAAGGCAAGAUUUUUGGAAAAGUGUGAUUUAAUAUUAAUUAAAAGAGUAUUAGUUUGCAAGAUGUUUUGUCGUUAGUGUAAACAUUGCGUGUAAUUUUAAAAAAUUUUAUCUGCAACAUAAUAAACAUACAACGAGCAAAACCGAAACUAUUCCUAAAACGAUAUAAGUGAACUAACUUUACUAGUCUAGAAGGCAAAUUAAGUGAACUGCAUAGUUUGGUACUGAAAAUAACGACAGUGGAAUCGCCAAAAUUAAAACGACGCUUCAACCGCAAACCAAGGAAGCGUAAACGGAAUCAAAUUUCUUUACGCGAACGCAAACACAACAUAAAUAACGCAGGUUACGUUCGAAAGGAAUUGGCUGUGUGACGUUUUCUAUUUAAAUACAAAAUUCCAUGGAAAAUUAAAAUCACUCGCGACAAAUCGAAAUUUACUAAAAUCUAGUAACAAUUGUCGCAUUUACUUGGUAGUUACAUACCUAAAUUGAUUAUUAAAUAAUUUGCAGUGUUAGAGCAGAACGCUAGGUGUAAAAGUGCACUGUGUAUUUAAUUGAGCGCAAUCAGCAGUUUAGUGAUGUCCCCUGAUGUAAUGGCUUACAAUGUAAUGUGCAGAAAAAUUAGAUAUUCCCGCAAAUACGAAGUCAAAAACGUUUGUCUAACCACAACAACCGUAUCAGCACAUCUAGCAGCAGCAGCAGCAGCAAAAAAAGCUAUUUCACACACCUUCUAUAAAGCUUUUCAACUAAUUGCAACAAAAACCAGUCAUUACAAGGAUUACAUCAAUAGUAAACACCUAACACUUUGUUGCGCAUUAAGCCCCCAUGUGGGUGGGGGACCGCCUCCAACAGAAGCGAUAGGAUUAGCGGCUAACUUAAAUAAUGAUAAUAGUUAAGUGAGCGAAUUUCGAAAGCGCAGAAGUCUAAAUUCGAAUACAUGCUCCAUUAGCAUAAUCAAUUAUUUUGAAGAAGGAUUUAAGGUGUUUUUAACACAAACAAAGAUCGUUUACAAUAUAUAUUAUUGCCUUGAGUUGCGCAUUAAAAAUAAACAUUACUCUUCUUUUGAUAAUAUUUUUUUUCGAAGUUUCAAAUAUUUGUUGCAAGUUCUGAUGACAGAAGCCCUUUUAAAACCAAAAUAAUAGUUGUUAAAUUGCUUAGCGAAUGAUGCCAUUGCAAUCGUCUGGUAUAAUUGUCGUAGAGAAGCCAACAACAGCAGUGACAACACAAUCAGGCAGUGGAGCAACAAGCGGCGGGGUAGCGGCGACAACAAAUUUAGCGACGCAACAGUCGCAGCCACAAUUUCAUCAAACAAAACAGACUACUACAACAGCAAAGGCAGCAACAACAACCAUUGGAAAAUAUUUCGAAUAUUAUGGUGCGAAUGAUGUGCGACAGGCGCAACAACAACAACAGCAGCAGCAACAGAAACAGCUACAACAACUCAAUGUUGCAGGCAGCAACAGCAACAGUAGUAGUAGAAGCCAAACACAGUUGCCAUUGAUGCGACGUGCAGUGCAGCGCAAUAGCAGCAACAGCAAUCAUACUAUUAAUAAAGGUAACAACAAUACUAUAACGACAACAGCAACAGCGGGAGGAGCAACGAAUACGAAAAUCAAACAAAUUAUUGUAAAGCAGCAGCUACAGCAGCAGCAGCAGCAACAAUCGCAAUCAAUACAGAUGAAUCAACAACAACACCAACUUGUACAGCAUACCACAAUCCAGCAGCAGCAGCAGCAACAACAAAUCCAUCAACAGCAGUCACAACAGCUGACCACACAGCUGCAGUCUAGCCAGCCUAAGCAGCAACAGCAACAUGUGCAAAAGCAGCAUCAGCUGUCACAACAAAUGCAUACACAACAGCAAAAAUCACAGCAGCAAACGCAACCACAGCAGCAGCAGCAGGUGAUACAAGUAAGCGAAGAGUUUAUUGAACAAGCGGCUGCUUCGGGCGCCACCAACAUGAUGAUAUCCUCAACAACCGGUGAGGUGCUAAACCCACAAAUCUUCAAAAUCCUUACCACAGACGGCACCACCGGCAACAUGAUAAUUGAUGGAAGCAGCGCAUCAGCCGUCGGUGGCGGUCAACCGAAAGUAUUGCUUAGCAAUUUAACCGUGUUGGCCAAGCCGACAACCAACACACCGGGCACAACGGCAACCUCGGCGGUGAGUGUUGGAGCAGCUGGUAGCUUACCCACGCAACAACAACAACAACAGACUAUAAGUGUCAGUAGCGGCGGUCAAGCACAACAGGCACAAACCAUAAAUUAUAUGAGCAAUAAAAACUUAUCAUAUUUGACCACAGCAGCAGCUGCGGCUACACCUAUUACCACAGGCGGUGGUAAGACACAAAAAUAUACCGUUACAGGCACAUAUAAGACAGGUGUAAAGCAACAGCCGCAACAGUUGACCUCCACAACAUAUAUACAACAGCCACAGCAGUCGACGGGCCAAAACGCUGCACAGGGUGCGCAGCAGACGCAGCAAUUGUAUCAAAAGCUGUCUGUGCCGCGUCACGUACAGAUGGUGACACGUGUUGUGCAACAGCCAACGGCGGCUGGUACGUCGAUGACAACAAACACAGGCCAACAACAACAAUCACAGCAGCAGAUGUUGGUGCAACCCGUUGUGGGUGGACAAAAGUAUUUAAGCAGUAGUGCAACAACGAAAAGUGUCAGCGUUGCCGGCAGCGGUGGCAACAUGUUGAAGAAGACGAAUAGUUUGAAGGUGGCGCAUGGUAAUAGCAAAAUUUUGAACAGUCUGCAAAUGCAGCAGACACCGGGUGUCAAGACUACCUAUAUAACACAGCAGCAGCAGCAGCAACAACAACAGUACCAAUUGCACCAGCCGCAAUACCAAAGUGGCGCUAAAGUGAAAACGUCCAAGUUGCUCAAACAAUACAACAAUGUCAUAAACAAUAACAGCAGUGCCAGUAGCGGCGUUAAUAUGUUGCAGCAGCAAUCAUUGGGCACAUACACCAUAAGCAACAGCGGUGGCGGCCACAAAUUGCAACCGACCACAACAAAAGUGACUAAAAUGACCGGCGGCAAAUAUGCUGCGCACCAAACGCAGCUGCAACAUGUCACAACUUUGCCACAAGGCACACACCUGCAUCACAAAACCUUGCCACAACAACAGCAGCAGCAUCAAUUCUCGACCGGUAACAAUAAUGUGGUUACACUCGCAACGGGCGCCGGAAAUAGCGGCACUGGAAAUGUUGCUAGCAACACUGGUAAUACAAUAAAAUUUGUAAAUUCCACACAUGCCACCGUCAUACAGCAGCAUCAGACGCAAACAUUGCCCAUGCAGCAGCAACAGACUAAAGUGACACUGCGUCAGCAUGCGCAACAACAGCAAUUGCAAUUUGUUGAUGCACCAACAACAACAAAUAUUGUUAAGGACAACAACGCCAGCAGCAAUACUAUUUACCAGCAGCAACAGCAAGCUGGCAAUAAUAACAGCAAUAACAGUGCACAAUCGUUGUUAAACGAUGAUAUAAUGUUCGUCAAUGGCACACCAAUGACAGACGAGGUGUCCGCACGCAUACUGCAAAGCAUGGCACAAAAAUCAUUCAGCAAUCAGCAACGCUAUCAGCAGCAGCAACAUCAAACAAAGGUCGUCGCCAUGCCACCACCGCCGCAACAGCAGCAGCAACAACAACAACAACAAAUUGUGAUACAACAUACUUCCCCAACAUCAGUGUUGCUUUCGCCCAAAGAAUACCCGCUAUAUAGCGGUAACCAAUUGUCCGCGCAACAGCAAAACCAACACGGCAAUGCAGCGCAGCAACAACAAUUGGCAGCAUCACCAAACAUUAGCACACAAUACACAAAUGCAGUGCAUCAAACGCCUGUCUCAGCAGCCACCGCUUACUUGCCAGUCUCAAACGCCAAUGGUGGCGCCGUUUAUGCAACAAUCCCCACAUCAGUCGCCGCCAAUAUCGGACGUCAAGCGCAUAGCGCACCCAGCAGUCGUACACACUCUUUGGAGCGCAACAAGUCAUAUGAGGCCAGCACAACAAUCACACGCAAAUCCGUCACCGAUUACUACAAAUCAAAUAGCAAUAGUAGCAGCGGAAGCGGCGCACGUAGUCAUCAUCACGCUGGCACACAUGGUACACAUGCGCUAUCGGCCAGCACAUCGAAUAUACCGCUUGAUACACAGCAACAACAGCAACACUCAUCAGCGCAGAUAAUACAUUUGCAAACGUUGAAAACAUCGCUAGCGGGCACCAAUGCAACACUGGCGAAUAGUAGCUACACAAUUGCCACAAAUAGUGCAGCCUCCGCUGUCAACACCAAUGCAAUACCUGAUGACGAAGAUAUCAUCGGGGAAGAGGUGCGUCCGACACCGGUGAAUACGCAAGAUUUGCGUUUGCGCAUCUUGCACGCCGUGCAACAGGAUCACACCUACGCCAAUGCCAUGCCCACGCAUCUCUCGAGUGCAGAGUCCGCAAAGAGCGGUGUUGGCGUGCAAGCUGUUAGCAGCGGUACACACAUGCAAAUGGGCAAAGCAGCCGCCACAGCGAAUAGUACAAUGUUAGCAGGUGCUUCGGUGCAGUCGCAUCUACAAUCGGCACUGGCGGCCAAUUCGUCUGGCGGCAGUCAGCACUGGUCACUGGGCGGCAUUGGUGCUACUGUGGCGGCGGCGGGACAAACAGGCCUGGGCAAUAUGUUGCCCACGCCGCCAUCAAGCGGUCAAUCGACAUAUACUUUGCACGGACAACAAAUACCCCGCAUGCAACAGGAUGACGAUGCACAUUCGGCUAUCAGUAAUGGUUCGCGCGUUGCUAUCGGUGAUAUUGAUCCUGGUGAAGAGACCGAAACUGCACCCGAAGCCGAAGCUGAAGAUGAUUCGGUGACGCGUUGUAUCUGUGAUUUGACGCAUGACGAUGGCUAUAUGAUAUGUUGUGAUAAAUGCUCCGUUUGGCAGCAUGUCGACUGUAUGGGCAUCGAUCGUCAGAAUAUACCCGAUGAAUACCAGUGUGAAGUCUGUCAGCCACGACCGGUGGAUAAAGCGCGAGCACGAGCGCUGCAACUAAUGAAACGCAAAGAGCAAACUCAGCUUUUACUUUCGGCACAGUCAGCACAUGCAACCGGUUCUACUGGCGCGUACUUAGGUGCCGCAAGCGGAGCUGGCAAUCUGAGUGGCAAUUAUCAGUUGCCAGAUGGACAACAACGGCAUCUAGGUGGCAGCAACUCAAAUGUAUUAAUGUUGGGUAGCGGAGCUGAUGGCAACAUGCAUGGUCUCCCAAAUAACAUAACGCUCGGCACAACCAAGAAGGGUAAGGUUUUGAAGAAAACCGCCAAAGACGCGGCUAGUGGUAAAAAAUCCAAGAAAGCCGAAAAACUAGCCGCUUUAGGUGGCAAACCGCCGCGUAAGGACUCAGGCGCCACCAAGAAGACAACGAAACGCAAGUCGAAGAGCGGCGAUGGACUGAGCGCCAGUGCAACAGCUGCUGAAAAACAUGCAGCCAAUUUGCGGCAAUGGAUUGAGAAUUACGAAUUGGCCGUAACCAAUCACUAUUCGCCCGAAUUGCGUGCGCGCCUACAUGCCAUUACCAAGCAACCGAGUCUGCUGCAAAGCAUACUAAAUACGGAGAAUCGCGCACUGAAGGAAUGCUGCAACAAUGGUUUGGAGAAUCGUGCCACUACUGUGCCACAUGCGGGCGGUAAAAUACUUAUUAGCAACAUGGAUAUUGCGCCGAGUUGCCCCAUCUUCGAAUUGCGCGGCAAAUACAUGCUUAGUCCGCAGUAUAAAACACAAAAUGCGUCGGUGAAUAUGAAUUCGCCGCCACCCAGUAAUUUUCUAGCAGCUACGCUGAAAGCGCAUAAAACACCGGGACCAUUCAUUUUCUUCUAUCAGUUACCGGACGCAGAGGCGCCCAUGCAAACUAUGAAUCAAGAUGGCUCCUAUCCGCCGCUGCCGCCACAACCGGCUUAUCUCAAGGGUCCGGAGAUAUGCGUUGAUACACGUACCUACGGCAAUGAAGCGCGUUUCGUGCGUCGCUCCUGUCGACCGAAUGCCGAAAUACAGCAUCUUUUCGAGAAGGGCACCAUACACCUGUUCAUUGUGGCAACAACGCGCAUACGCGCCAGCACCGAGAUCACUAUCAAGCAUGAGCCACACGACUUACUUGCGAUUGAGAACAAAAAGGCGACCGCCAGCAAUUGCAUAGUGCAGCCAACGAGCACAGCAUGUGCCUGCGGUCUACUCAAGGAUUGCCUCUUCGGGCCACCGCCGACGCAACAGUCUUUGGGCGCAGGCGGCGCAACGAAAACCAGCAGUCGCAAGUCAACGCUUUCCACCACCUUAAAUGGAGGCGUACAGCUCAACAGCAGCGCGGCGGCCAUGCAAUUAACCAUGGGUGGGUUGCCAGCCGGCAGCAAUAAGAAGAAAGGCACCGCGCAAAACCUCAAUCGCAAUCGCUCGACAUCGUCCAGUGGUGAUAGCAGCAUCGGCGCAACCGUAGCGCCUGGCAUGAAUAGUCCGAGCGUUGCUUUGCCCACAGCGCCGCUGAAUAUGAACGUUAACCUGACCUGCAAUAGCUCGUACAAAAGUAAUGGUGGUCUCAACAUUUUGUCGACGCAUGCGCUAGCCGCGUCUGCCGCGGUGCCCAAUAGCAAUGGCAACAUGAGCGCCACCUCCUCUGUUUCUAGCGUAAUGCAUGACUCGGGCAUUUGUACCUCGUCAUCGUCGCCAUCCGUGUCGAUACCAUCACCCACAACCAUACACAUGCACUCACCUACGCCACAGGCGCAGUCGCAACCACAACAGCAAGCGCAGCAGACGCAACCAGUACCAACCGUAGCGAGCGUACAACGCGGUAGCAGCGGCGCGCUUUUCGUGCAACACAGUCCACAGCAACAGCAACAACACCAACAGAUUUUAGGCGCUUUGCCAACGCCGUUGCUUUUGUCGCCGUCACAGCAAUUGGUGCAACUGCCAACGCAACCGCAACAACUACAACUACCAGCAAUAACUAGCAACGCAAGCGGCGCAUCAUUGCUGCAAGAGGUGAACAGCACUGAAACAAUGACGCCUGCUGCAUUGGCCACAGCGAGUGACCCAACGCAGCCGCAAACGAAUUUACUCAUUCAACAGACGCAAGAGCAACAAUUGCACCACAGCGAACUCGCUGGUCCGACCAUAAGUGAUGCCUCAUUGGCUGCGGCGGCAGCGCUGCAAUCGCUUAACACUGCUGUAACGCUAACCAGCAGUUGUGCAACGUUAGCGCCAAGCGCUGUAAUAAGCAAUAAUAAUAGUGUUGUUGUUGUCACCCCUGAAAUUAGAACGCCUGGCGAAGUUGAAGCGAAUGAGACCGAAAAGCAGCAGCAACAGACACAAUACUUUGUGGCUACGCCCACGCCGCCAGCUCAGCAAGAUUUCGUAGAUGGCAGCAUGCAAGCGACAGCACAUCAGCAGCAGCAACAUCAACAACAACAACAACAACAACCGCCACAAACGUUAACCACAGUGGAUCUACCACCACCGACACAGAGCCACGCUUCAAUUGGCGCCGCUUCGCCCAACGCUGCCCCGAAAUCACCACAGAAGCACAGCAACAAUACAGCGCACGCCGCGUAUGUACCACCGAAUAGCGCGCGUAGCCACAAAACGCCUGCCGCUAAGUCAUCGAGCUCACGUUCCACCAGUUUCUCGGAGGACGAUCACCAACAGCAACAACACAACACAAGCAGCGGUAGCGUCAAUGAUGACACAUCGGUGGUGACACCAAAUUCAAAAGAUAAGCCAAAGCUUUCACGCGAAGAUCGUAAAAUGGAAGCCAUACUGCGCGCGAUUGAGAAAAUGGAACGCAAUCAGCAACGAAAAAAUCAAACCAAAUCUGGUGGCAGCGCGUCCGCCGGCGCCACCAAAAGACGCAAUAGCAACAGUAAUUCGCCAACCACGCCCACCAAACGUAUUAUGGGCGAUUUGAGCAGCAGUAGCGGACGCGUAUCGGUGGCUAAUGCGCGCAAGAAAAAACGCAAAGCGCACAAAUCGUACAGUGGUCAUAGCGCACAGGCGCGCAAGCGUCGCAAAAGUCGCAUGAACAGCAGCAAUGAAUCCGUAGAUGGCGCAGUCAACAGCGCUGGCAACGUCAAUGUACAUUCGGAGGCAGAAUCAACAUCGCUGCUAUCGCCCGCAGCGCCACUAGCAACUACAGCACCCAAUUAUCAGCAUACGCAUGCGGAGCAGAGCGAUACUGCCGCGACCACUAAUGAAGAUCAGGCAGCUGGUCUGCUACUCGCUUUUGCAAAUCCCAAUCUGAAAAUGUCGCCGACGCCACAACAAUCACCGCAAACAGUGGCAUCACCAACAGCACAACAGCAGCAGUACGCGGCACACUACGCGCUGGAUCAAUUGAAAUCACCUCAACACCGAACGGCAACCAGCGGUGGUAAUGGCGCCUCACCGCCCGCCACGCCAGUCAGUUCCGCCUGCCUGCUAAUCGAAGCGGCAGUUGGACCGCUGCAAGAGCACAUGGACGGCGCUAGCCCAAGUGGUGAGUUCAAAUACCCCAAUAAAACCAAAACGAAGAAAGUGCUCAUGUCCAAUUGGCUGCUAAAUCAAGUAGAUGCCGACACCAGUGGCAGUGACUCACCACCGCCGAGUACGCCAACACCACCACCAACAACGAAUAGUAGUGGCGCUGAUGCGUUAGUGCCACAACCAACACCCUUGCCCACUGGCGCAAUGCUCGGCUUAGACUCAUUGGUACAAGCGGCUACAAUGUGUGAUUAUAGGAAACACAACGAGGCGGAUGCCAGCUAUAUGCCCAACGAUACACACUGUGGCGCGCCCAUGAGCGUCGAUGAACCAGAAAAUCUUAGCAUGGCAGCGCAGAAAGUCGAAGAAUUCAUACAGCAAACAGAGCGCGGUAACAGCGGCGUCUACAAUCCGGCCGCAAUUGCUGGUGCUAGCGGUACGCCACGCAGUCUACUUCAUUUGCCGCUUCAGGUGAGCACUUGCAGCAACAAUUCCUCUGUCAAGAAACGUUGGUUACGCCAAGCGAUUAGCGAAGAAACCACCACAGAUGAAUCGAUGACGCCAACACCUACAACAGCAGCCAUGUCUGCGUGCUUGCAACAUGCCUCACCCACAACCGCGGCGGCGGCCGCGCACUUGAACGCUGUGCUGAAUGUGCCCAAUGGCUUUACAACGCCGCUGAAGAAGCGUCGACUUAUUAUCAGUGGCGACGUGAAGGAGGAAGAGGAUGUGGGCGGCAGCAGUGUAGCUUCACCCGCAGCUGGUGUUAACAACGUCUUCGAGUCGCCAGUAAUUGGACUAGUCAAGACAGAAGCAACAGCAGCGGCACCUAACGCCGAACAUGGCAUGACAGCCAAAAAUAUGCUGGCAACGGCGGCAGGUAGGCUUGCCGAGGUGGAUGUGAUGAAUGUGAACGCUGGCGAGAUGUCAAGAGCAUGUAUAAAGAAUGAGGCAGAGACGAGUGAUGAGGAGGAAGUGGAUGAAGAGGAGGAUGAUGCGGAGGAGGAGCGCGAUGAUGUGGAUGUCGUAGGUGGCGUUGGCCUACAUGAGCUGCAAACAAGUGCAACGACAACAACAAUAUCACAUAUAACAGAUAAAUGUUUUAAGCAGGAAACUACAAAGGAAGAGCACUUGCUGGAAGCGCCGCAACAGCUGAAGACGACAGCGGAUGAGCUGAAGCCCGACGCUAUGCUUAUGGAUCAGGAUGACGAUGUGGAUAUCUUGCGUUCGCCUAGUCCAGGGCAUCAGCAAAUGCUCGCCGCCGAAGAUAAUCUGGUCAAAAUUGAACCGGAGGACACAAGUGGCGGCGAUGACGUUAAAAUCGAUGUGGAGCGCGAAGAAAGCAUGGCGGGUGAUAAGUUCGAGGAGAUGGUAUUAAUGCAAGUGAAGAAAGAAGAAGCUGCAAAUGAAAUUGCUGAACGCUUAGUUGCGACGGAUGCAGCCGACGGCGCUAAACUCAAUGUCGCGGAGGUUGAAAAGUCCAUAAAAUCCGCUCCAACUGAAGAAAAUGCUAUUGCAGCGGAUGAAAAACCCUACAAGCAGUUGUUUGAAGCUGCUGGAAAGGUGGAGCAACCAAAAAAGGAAGAGCAAACACAAACGUUUUCAGCAAGUAAACCUAAGUUGGAAUCUCCGCAAGCUUCCGUGUCUACAUACAACACUGCGGUGACGCCCGUCAAAGCUCAGGAGCGCAUAUCCAACACACCAACCAAAGCAUCGCCAUUAAAAUUGCUCACACUCGAUGGCAGCAGCAUAAUGUCGUCUGAUGAGCCGCUCAAGAAGCGUUUUAAACUAGAGACUUCAACAGCAGAGACUUCAGCUUCAACGACGGAAGUGCAACAAACUUCGUUGCUAAAACCGUUAUCUGCGCGCAUGGCCGAAAUGUCAAAACCAAGUGACAAUACUGAUAUUGUGCCAACAACAUCAGCUACAACUGCUGCACCCGCCACAUUACCCAAACCCACAGCGACGCUUAAAGUUGAGAAUUGCGCGAACAACACGUCUGCAAUCGCGGCCACACAACUAAACUGUAUGACCUUUUUAGCUGCAGCCGCAGCAGCCGCUAUUGAACGCAAGCCACCACCACCACCGCCGAUUCCAACGGCAACUGCAGCAGCACAGGCGCCAAUUACUACACAGUCUACAACAAUAACCGCCACAGCGGCUGUCAACGCAACGAACUCGGAAGCUGGUACUGUUAAUGUGAAUAAUGUGGCAACGCCAUUGCCUAAUAGCGGUAGCGUUUCCACAGCGCUCGCGCCACGCAAACAGAAUGCCGCUAACAACAACAACAGCAAUGAACGCAAAGUACCGCUGACCGAUGAUGACAUACAAGCCUGUCUGCAUUCCUUCCACAAGGAGAAUAUACUUAUCUUACAGUCACGCAACAACAAAAAGUCAAAACCAAAUGCCACCACAGCAACAGCAAUUGGCGGUAGCGCCAACGAGUUGGUGGGCAAAAGUGCCAAGUUAACGGAAAACAAAUCCUCAUCCACCACAAAUUUUUCGUCGCAUCACAGUCAUCAUCAUGCGCAUAACGACACCGUGAAAAGUGUUGGAAGUAGCAGCAAACACAGUAGCGCUUCCAAGUCGUUAACCAAUUCGAGCAGCAGUAGCUCGUCUUCGACUAAAAAAUUGCACAAGAAGGAGCGCAAUAGCAAGGAAUAUAGCAGCAGUAGCAGUCGUUCCUCUUCGGCGCACAGUGGCAAGUUGUCCAGUUCCAGUUCGAAAAAGGCGUCUUCAUCAUCACACAAAAAGGAUUAUGUCAGCGGUAAAAGUAGCGGCAGCUCCAUACCGUUGCCGAGCGCCAAACAACAAACACAUAGUAGUGCAUCGAGCUACAACAGCUCGAAUAAUAGCAACAGUGCGUCUGUUGGCGGUGAUGGCAAAGAUCGCGCCGAUGAACGCCGCGAACGCGACAAUAAUCGUGAGCAGCGCGGCUUCGAUAAAGAGCGUCAUCAUCGUCAUCGCACCACAUCGUCAUCAUCGAAUGCCAACAAUGCAGUGCCUCAAACUCAAACACCCGCAGCUGCCAAUUCAACAACACCUACGCCGCCACCGCCGCCUAUCAGCAAGAAGCGUCAGCUGAACUUUGAGCAGGAACUCACGAAAGAUUUGCCAUUGGUGAAUGCCGUCACCAGCAACAGCAGUCGGCAUCGCAAAGACAGCGGCAGCCGCGACAGUCGCGACGAUAUGUUGAGCUCAUCCUGCUCAAGUAGCAGCAACAGCAGUCUGGCGGCGCGUAAGCGACGCGAGUCUUCCUCCUCUUCGGGUGGCGGUAGUCGGCAUCGGCAUAACAGUGGUAGCAGUUGUGGCGGUGCGGAGAAAGACACUUUAGCCGCACACAAAUCUGCGGUCGCUGAACAUAACGGUAUAUUAGCUGGCGCACACGUGUCGCCGCUUCCGCCACCCACCUAUGUGCGUGAACAUGUCGCCAUACCGCACUUCAAUAAUGUCGUCGUCAGCGGUCCACCACCACCGCUCAUGGCCGCUUACUUCAGUGGCAUUGGCGCGGUGCCUGGCAGCAAUGUGGAUGCCUCCAUGGGUACACCCAUCGCCACCUAUGUGCCAACGCCAGCUAUGCCGCCCGCUACAGGCGCAGCGCCGCAACCAACGCACAAUCAUAGUCUCUUAAAGACACUUCCCAUGCAGCCAGUGCUUAGCCAUUUGAGUGCAGCAGUGCAUAUGCAGCCAGCACUGCCAACGUUGUCUUCGUCCAACGGUUGCAAUAUAGCGGUGUUGCCGCCAUCCUCGGCUACAGUGGCGCCACCCGCAUUACACUCUCCCGGCGCCUCUGGUGGCUUGCUACCUUGUAACAGCGGCGGCGUCAAUUCUGCAACGUCGACCUAUAACAGUAUUUAUGGUAAAUUGCGUGAUAAUCCAUCCGCCAUAGUGCCCCCGACACUGGGCGCUGUAACAUCCGCGUUAGCAGGUCCGCCAGUAACACCGAGCGUUGGCGUUGGCAAAACAGCCGUAACCGCAGCAGUAGGUGUUUCAGCGAACAUCAGCCUAUCUGAGUAUUUGGACACCAAAGUGAAGAGCUACAGUACCACGUUGGGCGGCUAUGCAACACCAGCACAUACCUAUGUUGGUGGCAGUGGGGUUGCCAGCGCGUCCAGCAAAGCAACCAACAACAACAUAUCAAGCAAUAGUGUGACUACUGCUGAAAGUAUAUCUGCUGUGGCUACACCACUAGAGUCUCCAGUUGCUAGCAAAUUGCCAACCCCAUUAAAAUUGCCGCUUACAAGAACCGCUAGUCACGAUCCGCGUCUCAAUCCGCAGCUAAAUGCACCCGAACCGCCGCCGGCGCCGAAACGUAAACUCUCCAUCAAUGAGUAUCGUAAGCGUAUGCAAUUAUCAACGGACAGUACAACGCCGUCAACACCCGAACCACCGGCGGCGAGUAGCACGGCCACGACGCCCACGGCACACAUGACGCCCACUUCGUUGAACAACAGCUUCGUGCAAGCUUACAAUAGUAUUGUGAAUGCUUCGCCCGAGGAGAUGGCGCGACAGUUGUCAGCAUCGCCAACAACACUAACGCUCAACAAGUACACGCUCAAUUCGCCGGAGCGCAAGCGUCGGCAUAGCGGCUCCGACAAAGAGCAGCCACAUCUGCGUCAUAGCGCGUCUUAUGAUGAGGUGUCGGGACUGUUGAACAGUAGCACCGGCAGCAGCAGCAGUUGUGGCAAUGCGAGUGACACCUCGUUGACGAAUUUGAACCACGAAGACGAUGGCAGAAAAGGACAAUUUAGCGCAGCACCAACAUUACUUGAGAAACAGCAAGAGAAGCUUUGCGAACGUUUAAAAUUAUUGCGCAAUAUGAAAAAGAGUGUGGCAACGCUAAGCAGCGCCGCAAGUGAGUUUGCUAACCUCAAAAAAGACUGUGAUCUCUAUGUGAAUCGUACGAACAGCAUCUCGUCCACGGACAAUUUGGACAAUUGUCUAGAGGAAAUCUCCUCUUCCUCCUCCUCGUCAUCGUCCACAUCGCGCGCCUCUUCGCGUGAAGCAAGUCCCGAACGUAGUGGUGUUGUCAGUAGCAGCAGCAGCAGUGCAAGCGUCUGUAAACGUGCCACCAGCACUACUAGCUCCAAUCAUAAGUGGCUGCAUGAGACGGAAACAACAACAACAGCGGCAAAAAAUAUAAACGCCAAUGCAUCGCGUGGUGACACACCGACACGCGAUGAUGUGUUGGUAGCGGCGAGAUGUGGCAGUGAGUCGGCGACGUGAGGAAGCCAAGGCGUUACAGGCAUAAACGACGACAUGUACGAUGUUAAUGUGGUGAAAAAGUAUGUCGCGGCGGCAGCAGCUAGUGUGUUGCAGUAAGGCACAGUACAGCGUAGACGUGUUGGUAAGGUUGCUAAUAAGUCAAGCAAGAACGACAACUACAGUUCUUCUGCUAAAUUAGAAGUACCGAAGGCGCAUGAGCAACCAAAUGCAAUAUUCAAUUGAUUUCGCUUCAAUGCAUAACGGUUCUGUUUUUCCUAGCCUUCAACUUUUCUGUGAAUAUUGUGAAUUGUUUUUGUAAAAUUCGUUUGCUGUUGCAUUUUUCAUAAAUGCAUACACACAUGUACAUAUUAUAUAUAUGUAUAUAUAUAUGUAUGUAUAUGUAUAUAUUAUAUACUGGCUUAUUGCACAGACAAAAUUGAAAGAGUACCAAAACAAAAAAAAAAAAAACAAAGUAAAACAAGUAAACUUAACGAAUCGAAAAGCAAUAAUAACAAAUUCUGUUGAUGAAACGUUUUAUAUAGUAUAUCUAUAUGUAUCAGCUAUGUUGUUGUAUAACAGUGCGCAACAAAAAACACAUUAAUAUUAAAUCAAUCAAUUUCCUAAUACGCCCCACUACACCCUAGUAGCUACGUAUACACACACACCCACAUGCUCACACAAACACACACACUGAAUCCUUGAAUUAGCGUAAGUGUUUAGUUUAACGGUAACUAAUAUUAAUAAUGAAAUUUAAUGCUAAUGUAAAUAAUACCUAAUUAAUGUUAUUAAUGUUAGUUAAUUACAGCUUGUGUGCGUGUAAAUAAUUAAUAUAAAUCGAUAUAUUAGUUAAUUACAAGAAAGCUUAAAGCAUUACUUUUGCAAUCAACAAUAAAUAAAAACAGCCUUUGCAGUGUUCGUAGCAAAUAAUGCCAAAACAAGUUGAGCCAGCCAGCAGUGACGUGAGAAAAUGGUUUAUACAUUUUGCCGCAAGAGUAAAUAUAACUGUUAUUAAUUUUUAUUUUUUUUUUUUUUGUAAUAUUAAAUAACUGCGAAAUGUCUUAUAAAUAGUGAAUUUCUUAGAAAAUAUGUUUUACUUUUUAAACAUUUCAUUGCUAAUUUCUUAUAUAUAUUGUGGUUAGUAGAAAAUUUGUAACACAACGUUUGAAAACCGGUUCUAUAAAGUCGAUGUGCUGCCGGAUUUUUUAUCUGGAACUAUUCGUGGCGUGUUUUACUGUGCUACAACAAAAACAAUCACGUUAAAAAUGAUUUUAAACAAAGUUUUGUAGCAUCAUUUUUGGUUUAGCUUUUUAAUUUUUAUUUUGCCAUGCAAAAUUCUUUUUAAAUAUUUUUAUUAUUUAUUUAAAAAUUUUAAUUUGUUAAAUCCUUUCAAAAUCAUUGAACAUAAAUGUUUUUGAUUUUGAGUGGAUUUUCAAUUAAGCUGCUACUGCAAAAAGUGGCAGUUAAAUUUCUUUGAACAUUUUUAAACUAUUCUAUUCAAAUUCGUAGAAUUCAGAAUAAAAUUUUGUUUUUUGAGAGUUUAAUUUUUUAUAUCAAAAAGUUAAAAGAUUUUACAUCAAAACUUUUCAAUUUCUUCCAUUUUAUUUUAAUUAUUAAAAUUUUAAUUUUUCGUGCAAGAAUCAAAAAAUGUUCGUACGAAAAAAGGGCAAAAUUGAAGUAUAAAAGUUCGAAAAAGCACAAAAAUUUGUUUCUUUAAAGAUACAAAUUUUUGUUUUUGCAAAAAAAUAAAAACUUUUUUUUUGUAUAUUAAACUUUUUCCACUUUGUACCAAUAAUUAAAAUUUUAAUUUUUUUUCUGCAAGAAUGAAAAAUUUUUUCUUUUUAAAAUUUUAAAAAAACUAAAAUUUUUAUUUCAAAAAUUAAUUAUAAAUAUUCAAAAAGCUCAAAAAAUAUGCUACAAAAGUUGCUAAGACCCAUGCUAAAAUAACCGGUUUUCAAUUUUCUGCCUUUGCUGACACUGUCAGGAAGUUUGUCACUGAAAUUCAAUAUUCUAUUUCAACAAGCAGCAGAAAGGUGUGAGUUGCUGUGUAGAAAGAUAUUACUAAAAAAAUUCUCUUAAAAAACAAAUACAAAAUUUUCUAAUAACUUUACAUACAAUUGGCAUACUACAGACAAGUAGAUACAUACAUACUAUGUAAUACUUUCUUAACAAAAAAAGCAAAAACUCUUACAACACACCGUUACAUCCGUGUUAUAAUUUACUCUUUGCAAACACUUUUCUGUUUUACUUUCUCUUUUAACAUUCGUUUCUUAAUUCUCUGUUGAUAAGCCAUUAUUUAUAUAUAACAUAUAUAAUACCGAAUCAAACUUGCUAAUUUUUUAAAAUUAAUUUUCUGCUGUUUUUGUAUUAUAUAGCAAUUAAAAAUAAACAAUAAAAGCUAAUGUCAAUAGCAACAAGUCAAUGUAAUUAAUAAUUUUUUAAUAUAAAUACAAAUAGUUAUUUGUUUUUAGUUACUGACUGCAAUGCGUAGGUGUGGAAAUAAUUAAAUAUCUUCUAUUUUUAUAUGGUGUGGUGUGUAUGCACUGGCGGGUGGGGUAUAGGAAAUAAAAACUUAAUGUGGUUACAGAAUUUUAAAUCAAAAGUGAAAAAUUAAUAGAACUAAUGAAAAAAAUCAAAGAAUUAAUUUAAUAAAAAAAUAUAUAUAUUUUAUAUAUAUAUAUAUAUAUUUUUCAUAAAUAAAAAUUAAAUUUUUCAAAAAAAAAAUAUUAUAAAAUCCUUAAAAAAAUAUAUAAAAUUUCGAAAAAAAAUAUAAUUAAAAAAAAAUAUAAUUUAAAAAUAAUAAUUUUUCCAAAAAAAAAGUAAUAAAAAAUUCCAAAAAUUUAUAAUUUUGUGUAGUUAUUUAAAAUAUCGCCGGAAAGAAAAAAUGUGUACUCAACUCGUUUAAUCUCUGUUUGACCUUUUGCGCUUUCCUACGGAUUUGUCCAACUUGAAAAAUGUGCCAAGCCGCUUAGUGAGCUUGUAGCCAGCACUAUCUAAUAUUACCUGAUUUUAUUAUUACCUUUUAGUUAUAAUAACAUAACAGCGCGACGCUAAGCUGUCUUUAGAAAUUAGUUUUGUUUCCUUUGCUACUUAUUUACUUUAAAUUUUAUUCUAUUGUAUUAGACGCAAAUUACACUUGUAUGUAGCGUAAAGUGCUGAAUGCCAGCGCUGGCUUGUGGAAAAUGGUGAAAUAUUUUUUUUUUUUUAAUGUAUUUUUUCACUAGCGGUUAUUUUUCAGCAGCAAAUUGCAUAUAAAAAACUAAAUCAUUUAUUGAAUUAAUGUUUUUAAGCGAACUUAUUUUUAACCCAGUUUCUACAUUUUUUUUUUUUACUUUUCAAAUAUUUUUCUGUACAUCUAACAUUGCUACAUACUCACAUAUUUUAUUAACUCCCUCUACUUUUAACUUAUUUGCGUUAUUAUUUGCGGUUUAUGUGCAAAUUAAGUGCGUUACAACAAACAACAAAGAUAGCAGAAAGCAAAAAUGAAAAUCAACAACAUUUAACUACUUAUAAAACUAUUGCUAAUCGUAAAUAUUUAACGUUUCUUUAAACGAAACUCAAACGAAAUUAUUUCAAAAAUAAUACAACUAGCCUAGUUAAGUUACUAAGUGAGCGCAGCAGCAAAAUUGAAAUUUAAAGAUGAAGUUAUGAAGAAAACUACAAAAAAAGAAAUAAAAUAAAAAACAAUAAAAGUUGUAAAAUUUCUAAAAAAAAAACAGUACAAAAUAAUAAUAAUUUAAUAAAAAGAAAAUGUGUAAAAACGAAAUUUAAAUUAAAAAACUGUUAUAUAUGCCUAUCUUUUUCAUUUUCAAAAGCGUAUUGAAAUUAAAAUUAAAUUUAAAAGUUUAACAAAAUGUAGUUUUAAAACAAUUAGUUUAUAAAUAUUGUUAUACACAAUCAAACUAAACAAACACAAAAAAAAAUAUACAUAUACAUAUAUAAAACAAAAAACAACUAAAUAUUGAAAUUAUAAAAUUACUUCGCUAUAUUUAAAAAAAAUGUACAUUAAAAUAAAAACUUAACAUAAUUAUAAUUAAAUUUAGUACUUUAAUAACACUACAUGUAGAUAAUAUAUAAUUACUAAUUAAAUAUAGUUAAAAAAAUCAAAUAUGUAAAUAUGUCAAGAAAGCAGUUAGUAAUGAGCGCGUGCAUGUUGUGGCAGCGUCGUAGUUGUAGCGUUAACGAGUAAGCGUGUAGCAGUGUUGGUGUCCCCAAGGCGCACGUGCAGGCGUUUUUUUGUUGUAUUGGCACGAAAAAUAUUUUUUCUAUAAAACCUACAUAUUUUUAAAUUUUGUUGCACGCGUUUUCUAUGCAGGCAUAGAAAUCGUUAAUUGGUGUAAGCGAAACAAAAAAAAAAAUGAAUAUACAAAAAUUAAAAAAAAUAUGAAAUUAGCAAAAAUAUAAAAAUAUAACAAAAUAUGCAAAAAUAUGAAAAAUAAAAAUGAAAAAAUAAAAUUGGUUUUGAAUAGUAUGAAAGUUACAAAAGUGUUAAGAGAAAAAAAAUGCAAUGAUAUAAAAAAUAUUAUUAAACUGUGCAAAAAUAAAAAACAUAAACAAAAAUAAACAACACAAUAUUUUUUUUAUUGUAAUGAAAAUUACAAAAAUUUAUUCAAAAAUAAUAAUAUAAAUUACGAAAAAAAUUCUUUAAAAUAAUGAAAAUUACAAUUUUUUUUAAAUAUUUAUUAAAAAUAAUUUUUAUGCAGUAAAGAUAAUUACAAAAAUUUCUUUAAAAAAUAAUAACGAAAAUUACAAUUUUUUUUUAAUGUCAAUUAGUCAUGAGAAUUACAAUUAUUAAGAAAUAACUGUAAUAAAUACAAUUUUUUUUAUAAUAAUAAUGAAAAUUACAAAUUUUUUUUUAAAAAAUGUCAAAAGUUAAUAAAAAAAUAUAUUUUCUAAAAUUUAAAAAUAACAAUUAUUCUUAAAUUUAAAAAAAAUUAAUAGUAAUAAAUAUUUAAAAAAUUUAAUACAGUUCAGAAUAAUUACAGUAACUAUGAAAAACAACAAAAAAUGCAGAAAUGAAAGAAUAAAUUUAUAACUUUUACACAAAACUCUUUCUCGCCACUGUUAGUUGCUGCUGCUACUGUGGCUGUUUGAAAAUGAAAUAAAUAUUCUGUGCCUCGCAGCAUUUGACACCUGCACAGCCGCCCGAACACGCCUAGAUUUUGUAAAUAUGUAGUCUAUACGAUUUUUAUUGCUAGUACAGUAAGUUUCAAAGCAAAAUAAUGCAUACAAAACUAUAUAUAUAUAGUACAUAUAUAAAUAUAGCUAUGAAGAAACCCAAUGAAAUUUAAAAAAAA